CUCUAUUCUAACCUUUCACCCGAUCUACUUUCCCUCCUCCUCUGUCGAAUCCAUCUGCGUCAAAGCCCUACCCUUCGCCACCUCAGAGUCGCCGCUCCCAUCCUCAUGUGAGCGCCGAAGAUCUCUAGCGUUGCCCCGGUCGUCCGAUUCCAGGCCAGAGCUGUUACGAAGGCGACGACGCAGCCGAGGCGGGGAAACGACGAAGCUGUGGUGAAGCGGAUGACUGAGCGAGUGGUAAGUGGGUCGAUUGAAGGAAUCCAGCAACUUGAUUGCGAGGACCACAGGGGACCACAUAAGAAAUUGUCACGAAACUGCCCUUCCAUUACAAGUAAAACCUUUCACAGGGAGGCAGAGAGAGCUCCGUCAAGGCAUCAAUAGUGU